CCCAGCUCUCCACAAUGCCUACUUACACUUCUGCCAUCAUGAGGACUCUCUUGAUCUUGGCUGUUGUUGGCAUAGCUGCUGCUUUUCCUCCCGAUGACGAUGACAAGAUCGUCGGGGGCUACACCUGUGCCCCCAACUCCGUGCCCUACCAGGUGUCUCUGAACUCUGGCUACCACUUCUGCGGUGGCUCCCUCAUCAAUAACCAGUGGGUGGUGUCCGCAGCCCACUGCUACAAGUCCCGCAUCCAGGUGAGACUGGGAGAACAUAACAUCAACGUCCAAGAGGGAAGUGAGCAGUUUAUCUCCUCCAGCAAGGCCAUCCGCCACCCUAGAUACAACUCCUGGACUCUGGACAAUGACAUCAUGCUGAUCAAGCUGUCCUCCCCAGUGUCCCUCAACUCCCAAGUGGCCCCUGUGGCUCUGCCCACCUCACCUCCUGCACCUGCUGGCACCCAGUGCCUCAUCUCUGGCUGGGGCAACACCCUGAGCUUUGGUGUGAACAACCCAGAUGAGCUGCAGUGCCUGGAUGCCCCCCUGCUGAGCCAGAGUGUGUGUGAAGCCGCCUACCCUGGGAAGGUCACCAAGAACAUGGUGUGUGCUGGCUUCAUCGAGGGAGGCAAGGACUCCUGCCAGGGUGACUCUGGUGGCCCUGUGGUGUGCAAUGGAGAGCUCCAGGGAAUUGUCUCCUGGGGCUAUGGCUGUGCCCUGAAGGACAAUCCUGGAGUGUACACCAGAGUGUGCAACUACGUGGACUGGAUCCAGGCCACCAUCGCUGCCAACUGAAAACCCUCCAGCCCUCUGCAGUCACUAUGCCAAUAAAGUAAACCUG